UCUUCAAAGUUGAUAAUAAUGAGUAAUAUGUUCAUUACCAAUCCCCACGUUGGUGACCGUAGCCGUAUGGAAGACUGGAGAAGUAUGUAUUUGACAAUUAAUUGACUUACCAAGUGGUUUUGUCAUUUUUAGCCGUGUGGCAUGACUAAAUUGGACAAAACCCAUGUUUGGCAAAGAUACUAACUGAGACUUUUAGUUCGUGGUUACGACCCUUUGACUCCACCUGAUCUUUUGCAACACGAAUACCCUUUGGCGGACAAGAAUAAAGAUGUGAUUUUAAAAGGUAGAGAAGAAGCAUGCGAUAUUUUGAAUGGUAAAGACGAUCGUCUUAUUAUUGUGAUUGGACCUUGUUCCAUACAUGACCCUAAAGCUGCUUUAGAUUAUGCUAAUAGAUUAGCUAUACUUGCUGAAAAACAUAAAGGUGAGCUACACAUAGUCAUGAGGGCUUAUUUGGAGAAACCCAGAACUACUGUUGGUUGGAAAGGUUUAAUUAAUGACCCAGAAAUUGACGGUUCAUUCCAAAUUAAUAAAGGUUUGAGAAUUGCAAGAAAAUUGUUCGUUGAUUUAACUACAAAAUUGCCAAUUGCUGGUGAAAUGUUAGAUACCAUUUCUCCUCAGUUUUUGUCGGAUUUAUUCAGUGUUGGUGCCAUUGGUGCUAGAACCACUGAAUCUCAGUUACACCGUGAAUUGAGUUCCGGACUUUCUUUCCCUGUUGGUUUCAAAAAUGGUACUGACGGUACUUUGGGUGUCGCCGUCGAUGCCCUAAGAGCUGCCUCUCAUCCUCAUCAUUUCUUAUCUGUUACAAAGCCAGGAAUUGUUGCAAUUGUUGGUACUGAUGGUAAUAAGGAUUGUUUCGUCAUCUUGAGAGGUGGUAAAAAUGGUACUAAUUUCGAUGAAAAAUCAGUGAAGGAAACCAAAGCUACCUUGAUCAAGAAUAAAGUGAUGUUUGCAGAUAAGUUGGGACCAAGAAUCAUGGUUGAUUGUUCUCACGGUAAUUCUAGUAAAAAUCAUAAAAAUCAACCUUUGGUGGCUGCAGAAGUCGCUAGACAAAUCCGUAACGGUGAAGACAGUAUUUGUGGAUUAAUGAUUGAAUCUAAUAUUGAAGAGGGAAGACAAGACGUUCCUCCUGCUGAUCAAGGUGGUAAAGAUGCUUUGAAAUACGGUUGUUCAAUCACUGAUGCCUGUAUUGGUAUUGAAGAUACCGAAUCUACUUUACAAGUCUUGGCCGAUGCUAUAAAGGAAAGAAGAAACUCAAAGAAUUAAAG